AUGACCUUCUAUUGGCUAUGCGCCCGAAACUUUGGUGCCAUGACUUGUAAUUCUUGUAAAGCAUUCUUCAGGAGGACUGGCCUUAAAAAUCAAUUGAUUUGUGCCUCAAAUGGCAAAUGCGAUAUCAAUGUAAUGACCAGAAACACUGAAAACAAUGUUACAGACAUUACACUAAAUGAGACACUUGUGGUGACGACAGAUAUAAAGGAAAAGCCAGAAAACACGGCAAUUGUUCCCAUGUUUAGGGAAAUCACGGAUUAUAACGGUUUGAAUGAAUUGGAAAACAAGCGGAUACGGGAACUGACGAGCGCUGCCCUCAUGUUAAAUUACAAUAUAUCUGAUAAUAUACUGCCGGCCAAUAGUUUGGACGAAAUGAUACAAACGUGUGGCUCUCGACAAGAGGAUGGAGUGCUGACCAUGGUCAAUUUUGCUAAAUCAUUGUCCGGAUUCAGUACGAUAUGCAGGGAUGAUAGGGUGGCGCUAAUGAAGUACGGCUACAAUGAUUUGCUGACAAUUCGGACGAUAAAGCUUUAUGAUAAAAGCGCAGAGAAUUUUUACAUCCCUUUAUUAACGGCAAUCGCUUUCUAUAACCCGAAUCGACCGAAUCUAAUACAUAAAUAUAGUGUAAAGUAA